AUGAAGAUCGCGACUCUACAAUUCUCUCCGCGGCUGGGGGAGAUCGCAGCUAAUUUCAGCAGAGCGGAAAGCCUGCUGAUGAGAGAAGAAAGGGAGGGUCUUCUGAAGGACGUCGAUCUCCUGGUUCUUCCCGAACUUGCAUUCACGGGCUACAAUCACCCAUCGCUCGCAGCCAUUGCACCAUUUCUCGAGCCGACGGCGGCAGGCCCUUCCACUCGAUGGGCGGCCCGCACCGCCAAACGACUGAAAUGCACUGUGGCCGUAGGAUACCCCGAGGCUGCCGAGGAAGGCAACUACAACACUAUCUACGACCAACGCAUCACCGUCGAGGAAACAGGCAAAAUCGCCUACAACUCGCUUGUCUUUGUCAGCUCUACAGGGGACGUCGUUGCCCACUACCGGAAAUCCUUUCUCUACUACACGGACGAGACAUGGGCUCAACAGGGCCAGGGGUUUUGGGCGGGGGUGCUGCCGAUUGGCGGCAAGGGUCAGCAGGUCAAGGCGGCGGCGGGAAUCUGCAUGGACAUUAACCCAUAUCGAUUCGAGGCUCCGUGGACGGCGUAUGAAUUUGGCAAUCACGCGCGCGAGGCUCGUGCAAAGGUGGUUGUCAUUAGCAUGGCUUGGAUAACAAGGCUGGAUGCCGAGGAGUUGUCGAGUCAGGUGACGGAGCCCGACGGGGACACCAUCAACUACUGGAUCAACAGGCUCACUCCUCUAUUUGGUCCCCAAGGCGCACAGUCCGAGGCAUUUGUUGUCUGCGCUAACAGGACCGGCGAGGAAGGCACCAGUCCGCGGAUUGGGGAGGUCAGGUAUGCGGGCAGCAGCUGUGUGAUGGGCAUGACCAAGGAUGGGCAGGUCCGGAUCUGGGAUAUCCUUGGACGAGCCCAGGAAGGGAUACUGAUGGUGGACACAGACAGCGCCCCAGCCUACUCGGUGUCUCUCAAGCAGGUCACAGAACCACCAGCGACUGCUGCCGAUGAUGUUACCGAAGUUCCAGAGGGCUGA